ACCUCUUUUAAUGAAAUUUGUCAGAUAGGCUCAAAUUUGAUUGUUUAGAGCCUCAAUAUAAACUUUUCCCUUUUAGAUUUCUCAUAACAUAGGCGGUUUAGCACAUCGAAACCGGCUGCUGCGGUGCUCUAUAUCUCUCUUUCUAAUAAAUAAAUAAAUAAAGAAAGAAAAGCAGGGAAACAUUGCUAGAAACCUCCAUCCUUGGUGAUCCUUAGGUAACCAUAAUUCUUCUGUGUGCUUAUUUUAUUUUCUCUUUGUUUGCUAACCAUGAGGAGGCCGAAUUUCUACCCCAUUACCAUCACAAUUCAAAAGUACCCAAAAAACCCAUAUUCCCAUUUGGCCCCUCAUGCGUUAUCUCCAAAACCCCUCCAAAAUUUUGAAUCCGAAAAAUUCUUCAACGACUAUAUUUGCAUGUUGUGCCAUCAAGGGAGGCCUAAAGAAGCACUCCAAGCGUUCCAGUCGCAUAAAAGUGCAAGUUUUGAGAUUGCACGACGCGUGUUUGAAGAAAUGCCUCAAAGAAAUUUGGUUUCUUGGACAUCGAUAAUUGCAGGAUAUACACAACACCAUCUAGAGAGAGAAGCACUUGAAUUGUAUUUGUGGAUGCUUCGUGCCGGAUUUAGGCCUGAUCAAUUCACAUUUGCCAGUGCCGUGAGGGCUUGCUCAGGGCUUGCACAGCAACGGUUUGAAUUCAAAGCGAUUCUGCUCUUUCGAGAUAUGCAUCUUGUGGGUGUCUCUGCUAAUGAAUUCGUAUUUGGGAGUAUUUUCAUGGCUUGUAGUUGCAUUUCCUUUCUAGAUCAAGGAAGACAAAUCCAUGGGCUAUGUUUGAAAUAUGGUUUUGGGGUGAAUGCUUUUGUGGGUUGUUCUCUAAGCUCCUUGUAUGCAAAAUGUGGAAGCUUGGGUUGUGCAGAAAAGGUGUUCUAUCAGAUUAGGAAUCCUGAUUUAGCAUCAUGGAAUGCUAUGUUAGUAGGAUAUGCCCAGGGUGGUGGUAUCAAUGAAGCCAUAAUGUUCUUUUCUCAGAUGCGCCAUCAUGGCAUGAGGCCUGAUGAGAUCUCUGUCCGUUGCUUGCUUGGUGGAUGCAUGGAUGCCAUGGCUCUAUUCCAAGGCCAACAAAUUCAUACUUUCAUCAUCAAGAUGAAUUUCAGUAAAGAUAUAUCAGUGUGUAAUACCUUGCUUACCAUGUAUACCAAUUGCUCAAGCCUCUCUGGUGCUUCCCUUGUCUUCGAGAGCAUGAUUUUGCGUGAUUUAGUUUCAUGGAAUGCUAUGAUUGCAGCAUAUUUAAAGCAUGACCAUGGACCUGAAGUUCUGAGAUUGUUAAGGCUCUUGCAUAGUGCUGGAAUGAAGCCUGAUCAGUUUACCAUGGGAAGUGGUAUUGGUGCUUGUGCUGAUUUAGCAGCUCUUGAACCAGGGAACCAAAUCCAUGGCUAUGUGAAUAAGAUUGGGCUUGGAUCCGACCUCUCCAUAUCAAAUGCCCUGAUUGACUUGUAUUCCAAAUGUGGGAGCCUUGAAGAUGCUCACAAAGUGUUUACAUGGAUGAGUGAUCCUGAUGUGGUUUCAUGGAGUAGUCUUGUAGUGGGGUAUGCCCAAUAUGGGUAUGGAGAGGAGGCUCUUCAUCUCUUUAGUAAAAUGCAAGACUUGGGUAUCAAGCCAAAUCAUAUAACCCUAGUUGGGGUUCUCUCGGCAUGUAGUCGUAUUGGUCUUAUAGAUGUGGGUGCACAUGUAUUUAGAAACAUGGAGAGAGACCAUGGCAUUGUGCCUACCAGGGAGCACUAUGCUUGCAUGGUGGACUUGUUUGGCCGUGCUGGCCACCUUAAAGAGGCUGAGGAUUUUAUUUCUCGGAUGCCUUUUGAACCUGACCCUAUUGUGUGGAAAACUCUGCUUGCAGCUUGUAGAACCCAUGGGAACUUGGAGCUUGGAAAGAGAGCAGCAGAAAAUAUAUUGAAUUUAGACCCUUCUAAUUCUUCGGCUUUUGUACUCCUCUCAAACAUGUAUGCUCGAUCUAACUCUUGGGAAGAAGUGGCGAGGCUUCGAAAGUUGAUGAAAAGCCGAGGUGUAAGGAAAGACCCGGGUUUAAGUUGGAUAAAAGUCAAGGACAAAGUGCAUGUAUUUGUAUCAGAAGAUGGAAAUCACCCCCAAAUGGAAGAUGUGUAUGUGGUGUCCUUAGAGUUGAGCUUGCACAUGAGGGAGGCUGGUUAUGCACCGGACUUGGGUUUUGCAUUAGAUAAUCCAUAGCAUGGCUAGAAUGUCUUCAAAUAGUUGAAUCUUCUCUCGUUAUGAGUUUUUCACUCCACAGCGUCUUCUGCAUGCCCCCGCAAGAAAACAUUGGCAAUUCUCCUGGCCACAAUAUGCUCAAUGGUGUGUUCCCCAACUGUUCUGUUGAGUCUAAUGUAUUUGCUAAAUAUUGACUAUUGCUGUUUCAAUAAUUACAAGAACAAAUACCCGUAUCUAAAGUUCUUGCCUCUAGACUUAAGCCAGUUCUAGACUCGGUCAUUUCCCCCACCCAAGGAGCUUUCAUCAAGGGCUGGCAGAUUUUAGACGGGGCACUAAUCGCCCAUGAGUGCAUCCACUCUCGAUCCAUUCAAAUAUCCCAGGACUCGUCAUUAAAAUAAAUUGGGAGAAAGCCUAUGACCAUGUCGAUUGAUCAAUGAAACCCUUAGAAGGAUGGCCUUUGGACCAAAGUGGAGAAGCUGGAUUAGAGGGUGCAUCUCCAACGCUGUUUUCUCAGUCCUCUUAAAUGGGACCCCUAAAGACUUCUUCUCAACUAGCAGAGGUCUCCGCCAGGGCGACUCUAUGUCGCCGUUCUUGUUUGCUAUCAUGGAUGAGGCCUUCAGCACCUCUAUCUCGAGGCUCUACCAAGCAGGCCUCUUGCCAGGAUUCCAAUCAAGCAGUCGCGGUCCUCUCGUAUCCCACAAUCAUUUGGGUGCCAACAGCAUCAGGAAUUUUGUCGGUGUCCUCCUUUUUUCAAACCCUCAUCUUCAAUCCCAACCUUGUUGGUCCCAGCCCUACUUUAUCCUCCAAAGCUUGGAAUCCCCUAUUACCACCAAGGAUUCACGUGUUGUGCUGGAUAGCGCUCCAUGAGAGAGUGCUGACUGUAGAUCUUCUUCAAAGAAGAGGAUUGCCAUGUCCCAAUAGAUGCAUCUUGUGCAUGGAGGCUGAAGAGUUCAAUGCCCACCUUUUCCUCCAUUGCGAGUUCGCUAGAGCCUUAUGGAUCUAUCUUCUAUGCUUCUUCCAGUGGGCAUGGGUCACUCCAAGUUCCAUCCCACAUUUAUUUUAGGCCAUCCUCUACACUCCCUGGCCCAAGGUAGGAAGAGAACUUUGAAAAGCCUCUGUUUCAGCUACCAUCUGGGUUUUAUGGUUGGAAAGGAAUCACAGAACUUUCAAGGGAGAGAGAUUCACGGUCGCGGUGUGGGCUGAGAAAGAAACUUAACCACAAGCUCUUCAAGGAUUUCUCCUUCACUGAUUUUUAUAGCAAUUGGCACAAUUUGCUACACGUGGUCAAUCCCAAGAUCUCGCGGGCAUCACUUUGGAGACCACCAUAACCAACUUUGAUGGUUGCUCCCUUGGCAAUCUUGGACCAUCCGGAGUCGGCGGUCUAUUCGUUUGAGUAAUGGACACACCUUGUUAGCCUAUUCCUGCCCUAUUGGUUUCGGGGAUUCCAUUCUUGCCGAAGCCCUUGCCCUCAUGGAAGGCCUUCACAGAUUUGACCACACUUAAAGGUCCAACCUGGUGGUGGAAGGGGAUUCCAAGAAUGUCAUCUCUUGGGCAUCUAAUCUCUCUUCUUGGUUGCGGCUUCUAGACAACAUUUUUGAUGGGAUUUCCCAUUUAUCCAGGGGUUUAACAAUCUCAUGGUGCCAUGUUUCAGAGAAGCUAACUCUGAUGUUGAUCGAUUGGCUAGGGAGGGGGCAUAUCCUAACUCCCCGUUGGGGCUUUAGACUUUUGUGGCCACCCUUUUCUUUCCCCACUUCCUUCAAGUUGUAACACUCUUAUUGUAAAGCAUUUUUUGGACCCUACGGGGCUGUAUAGGGUGCCCAUUCUGGUUACCUAAUAUUUUGUAUUCUCUAUUAAUCAGUAGUACAAUUAUAGUCGAUCUUUCCUCAGAAAAAGAAAAAACAAAUACACGUAUCUAUCUAUGAUUUCAUCUAGGCAUGAUGCUUAGUUUUUGUUUCAUGAAGUUUAAUUGCUAUCUGAUUAGAUUUGCUAUACCUGUCUUGU